AUGCUGGCUCAAAAAAUACCUGAAGCCCGGAUCAGCAUCUUCAACUAUACACCUGAUGGAUUCGACAAAGGUCCUGUCAACCAACGUCUCGAUCACAUGGCCAAGAAAUUGUUGCUUGGUCUGGAUCUGGUGUCGGAACUUCCGGUGAAGUGGUCGAAUAUCUUGCAAGAGACGCUGCCGUGCUUCGCGCUUUACUCGACGAGUUCGCCCUGUUGGCUCGGAACGCGCAAAUGCGCCUCUACUGUCUUUUACGAGCAACAAGAGAGCGAGCGCGUCAAGUAUGCCAUAAAAGGCGUUUCCAAAACGACUUCCAAGCGAUCAGAUCGGAUCGUGGACGAGUUGUCCGCAAGGAUCACAUCAGCAGACAGAUUGGGUCUGGCCGCAGACCACUUCCGACUCAACAAGUACGAAAACUCAAAAGACCCCAACUUUACAUAUGUAUCCGAAGAGAUUCCGCGUCAUGACUUUCUAAAAGCGAACAGCAUUCUGAAGUCCAGGCAGAACGCGCAGAUUCAAUCUUUAGUAGAUGAGCGCACGUAUCGCAGCAUGGCCAACCAUUUGACGAAAGGAUUUCCUGAUCUCGACUUGGCCAUCGGAGGCCAGUUUAGAGGCGCGCAGAAGAGUGGAGUUUUAGACCAAGCGACUUUCGUCGAAUGGCAGCACGAAGAGGACACGAACAAGCCGCUGUGGGUUCACGGCAAAGCGGGAAACGGUCAAAGCGCCGUUGCGUCUUCGGCUAUUGAUCACUUGAAGAUGUCCCGGGAGGAGGGCUCAAUCGUCGCUUCAUUCUUCUGCGACCAAAGUGAGAAGCAAAGACGAUCACUUCUCGGGCUGCUCGAGGUCAUCAUUUUCCAAAUUCUUGAAGCAAACAGCGAUCUUGCUGUUCACCUACUGUCAGAUUCAAGAAAGGCUAAAGAGGCUGGGAAGCUGCAGUUCGAUCCGGAAGCUACACUCAAAGUGCAGGUCCUUUGGGAUGCGCUACAGGCGAUGGCAAAGCAGAUCCCUGGAGGAAGCAUCUUCAUUAUCAUUUUCGGCUUGGACCAAUUGUCGGAAGAUGCCCUAGACGACUUUUUCACAUACAUGGAAGAGCUUGCGGAAGCUCCGCUCAUGCAAGAGUCUUACGAGACUGUCCCGAUCAAGUGGAUGCUUCUCAGCCGUACCGGGCGUCCAAAUAUUGUCAAGUUUCUUGAGCCCAGAGCCUUUGAGAUCGAUCUGGAAGACGAACAGAACGUAGCGUUGGUCAGCAACGAUCUAAGACUUCAGAUCUCCGUGAGCGUAGACUCCCUACAACUGCCGUCCUCUUUGGCGUAUUUCGUCAAACGCCACGUACACUCAAGAGCUGAGGACAACGAGAUCUACAUCAAACUUGUGAUACAAGAGCUUAGGAACGCUUGGAAUCCUGGAGUAACGCAGCAUGCUGAAAUUCGCAAAUUGCUUGAAUCGUUUCCGUACGGGCUGACGAAUAUGUUCGAACAUAUCAGGAAACGUGUCCUUGACCCCCGCGCAGAAGGAUUGGAAUACACAAAAGAGAUAUUGCGUUGCCAGAUAUGCGCCUACGUCUCGCCAACGUUACGUGACAUGGCCAUCAUGGCGGGCUUGCCAAAUCACGAUCGCGAAGACCUGGAGAAGCUCAAGACCUACGUUGUCCGCUGUGGCGCUUUUCUCACACUAAGGGGCGACGAUUGGGAUAUUGCAAACCAAACAGUCGAGUGGAUUAACAUAUCUGCGCAAGAACAUCUACAGCAAUACGCAAAGGAGGAUCUUGGCCUGGAGUUGCUAGAUAUGCAGCACGGGAUCAUUGCUCUACGUUGUCUGGAGUACAUAUACGAAGUAUUCCACGACCAAACAUCUAGCGACGAGCAUAAAGAAGACGAGGACGCAGAGGAGCAUGAUGCCAGCGAAGACGACGACGAACACGAUGAUGAUGGGGAGUCCGGAUCUCAAACUUCUAAAGCACACGACACCGACGGCGAAGAUGCAGACAAACAAAGCGACAGCAACUCCAGUACUGGCAACGAUGUCAGCGAUGCAGACAAUACGGACAAAAAAAUGAAUAUCGAAGAAUGCGCUAAAUAUCCCGUAAGGUACUGGGUCGAGCAUGCGAAACGGGCUCCUCGUGAUGUGCUCGAUGAGUUCAAUCUCACACAUUCGUUCUGGCAAGACGAUUCAGAAGCACGACAACAAUGGUGGAAGCUCGUUCCAGAUCUACAUACACACAGUGAUCAAGAAGGCGUAUCUGCUUUACAUGUCGCUGUGAUCCUAAAGUUUUCUGCUCUCGUUGAGUACCUCCUAGAGAACGGCAGAGACGGUGAUGUCCACAAGGAAGACUCGAUCGGGUUCCAACCACUUUACUAUGCGUGCAGAAAUGAUGACGGAGGCAUAGUCGAUACAUUGCUUGGCGCAAGCGCAGACAUCAACUACACGAGUAGCAGCGAACACCCUGCUGCGUUAUUCGCCGCGGCUAAAUUUGGACGUCCGACUAUCCUUAAAACGCUGCUCGAUCGCGAUGCCGACCUUGAUGCCAUAUCACCGGACCAUGGUACAGCCUUGUACGCCGCAAUAGAGAACAACGACAACACAAUCGCACAGCUCCUCUUGAGUCACGGUGCGGAUGUGAAUGUCACUAGCGAAAAUGGCCGAAGAGCGCUAAAUAUUGGUGCAUUUGUCGGCAAUCUUGACGGCGUUCGACUUCUAGUCGCAAACGAAGCUGAUAUUGAUCCCGACGAAGAUUACUGGUACGGUAGUGCAUUGGGCGCUGCGGCCCGCAACGGCCAUUCCGAAAUGGUCGAAUAUCUUCUGUCCAAGGGAUGGAGCGCUCACCGUUCCAUGAAGACUUACGGCAACUUUUUGACAGCAGCUGCUAUGUACAAUCAUCUCGGAGUUGUAGACAUACUUCUCAAAAAAGAGGAGAGGGUGCCUGUCCUUGAGAUGGCCCUUCAAGCCGCCUCCCAAAGAGGUUAUGCGCCUGUUGUCAAGGCGAUCUUGACCAAGAAUCCCAAUCUCCGACUUCGCAAAUCAUUUGCUCAAGCCGCGUAUCACGGCAGAACCGAAGUACUGAAGCUGCUGUUCGAGCAAGACGUCAUCACAACGAACAAGGAGAGACUGUUGAGCUGCUUCUUGCCCAUGGCGCGAAUCCAAAUGCAGAAGGGCCUACGUAAGUGCACAGAACGACCAUGA